UCAUCCGCUCGGCCCGCGCGUCAUUUUCCGCACAGCCAGGCCACCAUAAGAGUUUGAGGAGUGUUUCGCUGCAGUUACGCGUACGUCAUUAAUAAUAUUGUACACCGACCGUUCUCGUUCGGCCGUACUCCGCAAAAAUAUACACGAAACCGGAAAUCGGGCGGAACCCUUUCGUUUUGACGUUAGCAGCUGAUAUUAUCAAUAGGCACCGUGACCUCUAACCCGACAUCACGUUCAAGGACCCGACCAAUAGUGUCAUCAUAAUAUUAUAUUUUAAAUCUGUUUCACUGCGUUCGUGUAAUAUCCGUCUGGUCAGUGAAGUGUAUUGACGACGGCACGCGAUUGCAGUUUUUACCACCCACCGACUAACAUAAUACGUUUGAUCACACCACGUCAUUAAAAUACGUGGUGGUCGAACAGCGACCUGCAGCAGACACCGACGCAUUGCAAAUAUAAAAUUAUAUCCGAUAACGUUCCGACAUGAUGGGCACCGCGACAUUGGCCGCCGUUCGAUCGGGACGCCGCCGUUGACCCGUUUCACGUCCGGCCACGCGACCACGCCGGAAGUACGCAUCGAUUUCUCAUAAAUAAUAAUAUCAUUUAGACCAAUGUCGCGGGUGGCCAGCGAUUCCUUCUUUGGUCCGCUGCUCGGCACAUCACCACCGUCCGCCGUUGGCCAUAAUAUGUGCAGACCAAUAGCCGUGCAGUGCUAUUGGGUCAUCGCGAUCUUCGCGAUCACGGUGGCCGGGGUGCCGGCCAUCAACCGACACCCGGUGACGGUGGUCGUGUCGUUUGACGGUUUCCGGCCCGAUUACAUCCGGCCCGACACGACGCCGACAAUGGCCCGGUUCCGGGACGCUUCCGCCGCGCCGCCGUACAUGCGCAGUGCGUUCCCAACGAAGACGUUCGUCAACCAUUUCACCAUCGCCACCGGAAUGCACCCCGAGACGCACGGCGUGCUCGACAAUUCCAUGUUCGACCGGAACAACGAGACGAUGCACUACACGUACGAACAGUUCCACUACGACGAUUCGUUGGUGCCUAUUUGGAUGCAAAACGAAUAUAAUGGUGAAGGACGACAUAGUGGUGUAAUGAUGUGGCCCGGAUCCGAAUUUCCAUAUCAAGGAAAAUACCCAACUUACACUGAAGUAUACAACAAUUCAAUACAUUGGAAUUCCCGGAUAGACACUAUUAUGUCAUGGAUUGAAGAUGAAAAUCGACCAGCUAAUCUAGUGUUUGCAUAUUUCGAAGAACCAGAUAAAACUGGUCAUAAAAAAGGAGUCAACUCACAAGAGAUAAAAAAACAAAUCACGAGAGUAGAAGAUACAGUCAAACACAUGCUUGAUGAAAUAAAAUAUAAAAAAUUAGAAAAAAAAAUAAACCUCAUAAUUCUUAGCGACCACGGAAUGGAUACAGUUACAUAUGAUAGAAUUAUAUUUUUAGAUGAUUACGUAUCUAAUAUGACCUACAAAUCCGUUAUUACAGGUCCAAAUGCAUUUAUACUACCAAAUAUAGGAAAAUAUGACGAAGUUUAUACAAAUCUUUCAAACGGAGCCAAUACAUCAAAUAAAUUUUAUGUAUUUAAAAAAUAUCAACUACCAGACCGUUGGUAUAUGAAGAAUAACCCUAGAUUGAAUGGGAUCAUUUAUUUGUUGGCAAAACCCGGUUACGCGUUUUGGUACAGUUUUUUUCAAAAAAUUUUGGAUCAAACAACCAAAGAAAUGUUCAGAGCUGGGACUCACGGGUACGACAACGACGACCCUAUAAUGCACGCCCUUUUCAUAGCAUCGGGACCGAUGUUUAAGAGGAACUUCACCGCACAGCCAUUUGACAACGUGGACCUGUACCCGCUGAUCAGUCACCUGUUGGCUCUAAAGCAGCCAACCAAUAAACAAGUGAACGGGACGAUAGCCGGCGUCGAACAACUUCUGACGUCGUCCAAGUCGCCAAUCGACGUCACAUCGUCGCCACACAUCCUAGCUGUCAUGACAACGACCGUAAUUGAAACUAUUAUAAAUAUAGCAGAGCGCCUGUUACCGUAAUCGCAUGUCCGGUUAGGUCGCUUGAUGCAUAAUAAUUAUAGGUACAAUAUAAUUUGUUUUUGUAUCCGACGUAACCACUUACAUUGUAACAAACCACUGACACAUUUUUGUGUACACGUAAAGAUUUUAACCGUUUAUUUACGAAAGUAUAUCCGUCUUAUGACAUUUACAUUGUUAUAAAUUAUUAUUGUUGUUGUUUCUGUGUUUAUCAUACGCUUAAAAGUGUAAUGUAAAUGCUCAAUGGAACGA